AUGCUAUCAUCAAUGCUUCUUUCUACAAUUUCCCUCGCUCUUCUUUGCUCACUACCCACUCACGCCAUAACUAGCGGCAAAGCUUGGGUCGAUUUCUAUCGAGCAUGCCCAGACGACGUAUUUACCACGAGCGACCUUGCUGAUUUUCUAGAUUCACCGAGACAAUCAGCUGCAUCUGCUUCCGCUCGAUCAUCUCCUAGCUCCUCUGCCCACCAUACUGCACCAACCAUGUCAUCGAAAAAGUCACUCUUCCGAGCACUCCUCGCAGCUAGCAGUGAUGAACCAGCCAAAGAAUUCAAAUCCGCACCAGUCAAUGUGACGCAGGGUGAAUGCCAAUCAGUGCCUAUCCUUACACCCACUCACAUGGACUCCAACUCCGUCGCUGUUGAAGUGGAAUUGCUCGCCGUGUCACUAUUUCAAGAAUGCAAUAUAACGCUGCACGAAGUGGCCGCGUGUAUUGACAAGCCCCUUCUGACAGCUCCGGUAAAGAACCGUGUUGCUAAGAGUGGAUGCACACCUAGGAACUUCGGGGCAUGGACUGAUGUAUGGGUCAGCUUGGACUGUGAAGAAGUUGGUACAGGAAGAUUAGGGCCUUAUCGCAAUACUACGUCGAGGGUACGGCCUACUCGUGGCUAA